AUGGCCGACCAGCGUCGUGCUCCCAGAGCAGCAGCAUCUCUCAACAAUCAACUUCCCCAGUCCCAGGAAGUGCAAAUGGAUCGUCGCGCACUUGGUCAGGUUGUUCUGCGUCUGCAAGCUCAGUACAUUCGCUCCGUCAUCGCGACGGAAAUCGACAAUUUCGAGGCUUCCUUCGAAGAGAUCCUGCAAACAGCGAACAUAUUCUUGGUAACUACUGAGAGGGUCGCGAACUCUCCUUCGCUUGUGAUUGUUGAUCAGCCAUCUGUGGUCAAGACCGUUUGUCACUUCCUCGCGGCGUCAAACACCAUACUCGAGUUUCUCGAUUUUCAGCAGAAAAGAACCGGCUUUGCAUCGGGAGGUGAUGGGUCCCUCGAGAAACAAGUCAAGGGAGCCCAGGCUCUAGUGAAGGAGCUCCUCACCACUCUUUUGCUUCACAAACAAGCCGAAACCUACCCCGGAAAGGAAUGUGGCCUUGUUUAUAACGAGGAUGUCAAGGUCUAUGGCGGGUUCAUUCUUCACAAAUAUGGUCAUGUUGAUCAGAGCGAUGUUCCCAAUCCAGACGAUGAUGACGAGGAUCUGGAGAAGCUGAUGCAAUACUGGCACACGGAGAACUUGGUCCAUCCAUUGAGACAUGUUCCAGGAACUGCAUGGCACAAGUUCUUUGGGAACCUUCAGCCAGGUCCGAUUGUGAGCCCGGAGUUGUUUAGGGAGCGCAAACCGCAACCGUACUUCAAGCUCAUGUUCCCGACUACCAUCACCUGGCUGAAGCCAGAAAUCGUCCGUGAUUAUGAUAAUUAUCGCGAGAUGUUUGAGAGACUUCAUCGAGUCCCUGGCCCACGUCUCUCGGAGUUCGCCAAAGCCAGCCGCCUUUCCCAUUAUUUCAGGGGCUGGAAGAGAACCGAGGACGCAAUAAUCUUAUGCCUCGAGGAUAUGAGCGAGACUCCUUGCCCGGAAUAUGACCUCUUGGGUCGCUCAAGGCCCGAGGCGCUAAAUGCCGAGAUCAAUGCACCGGGCUUGGCAGGAAUUGCUUUGAUGGGAGAGGAGAUUCCCGAUGUCCCCAUUUUCCUCGAGGGGGAGGCUCGCAAAUACUGUCUCGAGUUCGACGGCCAGUGGAAUUGA